UGAGAAUUUGCUGCACUUAUUGCACCCUAAGUUCAAUAGGAAAUUGUCAUGGCGUUCACCAUCCCGAGCAAGGCUUCCGGCGCUGCUGUCGUUCGGGCGGCGUCUGCAAAGAGGAAUGCCCUUGCCCUCGUCCGCUCGGGCGUGAGUACCAGCUUCAAGGCCCGCCGUAACCUUGUGGUGAGCAAUGUGGCUGCCCCCGCUAAGGAGCAGUGGCACGUGACCCUUCACGGACCCGCCCCCAACAGCAGCGAUCGUGCCGGCCUGCCGCAGCUAAUUUCCAAGGAGCAGGUCCAGGCCCUCGAGGCCGAUCUGGACCAAGGCGCCUCCAUCGCCGCUUUGCGCCGCUUCAAUGACAACCUGCGCAACAUCCCCACUGACCGCUGGGAGGCCGUUCUUCGUCCCGUGUUCAACGAGCUGUGCUUCAACCUGGAGUCCUUCAACCCCGCCUUCACAAGCUGCCUGCUCAUGGUCCAACGGACCAUCGGGGUAUCCGACUACGUACGGCGGGAUCUGGCGCUCAAGAACCUCAUCCAGCCACUGGCGGGGGAGUACGGCAUGCACAAUGGCCAGGAGCAACUCAAGACCCACCGUGAGCUGUUCUCCGACUUCUUCACCUCAUUGUUCGGGUACGACCUGCAGCAGCUGCUGUCGGACAGCCCCCCUCCGGCCGCAGCCCAGCUGCUCUUCAACCAGAUGAGCCGGGACAUCAUGACCGGGGGCGGGCAGAGCAGCGAGCCCCUGGAGCAGGCCAGUUAUGCUCUUGGCUACAACUUGGCGAUUGAGUACCUGGCUGACUACGAGAAGACGUGGAUGCUGGAUAGCUUCCGGGCUCUGGACGAGCGGAUCUUCCGGGGCCUUGGCAAGAAGAUCGAUUGGGUCUUCCUGGAGGUGCAUGCUGAGGGUGAAGCCGAGCACGCCGCUAUUGGCCACAAUGCCGUACUGAAUCUGACUCCCGCCGACCACACGCCCAUCCUGCGCCGCGCCAUGGCGGACCAUGACCGCGACUUCGCCGCCUUCUACAACCGCAUUGCCGAUAUGCUGGAGGCGGGGAUGAGCGCGUAAGGCAGUGGGAGGGUGUGUUGUGUGUCUCUGCGUGUGCGUGUGCGUGUGGUUGUGUGGGUCACGUUGUGUGUGUGUGUGUCGGGAGCUGGGGGAGUGUGGCGGGGAGGCGGAGGAUGGUGGCGGUAGUGGUGACGGUGGUGACGGUGGUGAUGGUGGUGAUGGUGAUGUUGAUGACGGUGGUGCCCCGUGUUUUUGUCGACCUGGUCGGCUCGUUAAGGGGAAGCAAAAGGGGGUUUGUUAAGGAGGUGGAUAAAACGACCCAGACGACCAACAUGGACUGUUAUCCUUACGCUAUAUGUUGUACAGUGCCGUACUCUGCUUUGCAGUGUCGUAAUUCGUGUGUCGUUCAGGUUAUCUUGUUGUGUACACACACAUGCACAGCUUCCUUUUCCUGCGGGAAGAUGACUUUUUGAAGAAAGAUGUUCGCCCCACGGGUGUUUUUUUUGUCGCUGCCGCGUUUCCGUUGCUGCUGCCGUACCAUUAUAACUACUACUACUACUACUAGUGCUACAGCGCUUCUGUAACAGCGACAGGCUUCAACGCGAAUAUAAUCGAAUAUCGCCGUGAAGAUGCUGACUCGGGCCGUUUUGACAAAAACGGAGGAGGGUCCCUCUGACGAUUUGGGCCCGGCCGGCCGGCUUGUGUAUCACGGAAUUGUAACAAAACGAGAGGACAUGUGCACACCUGCAGAUUGGCUUGGAGGUGGUGUCCAUUUGCUUUUCCAACGCGAGUAGCGAUGUGACGUCAUCAUUGCGCGGAGAAGUCUCAUGAUGGGGGUGCCGAUGGGGAGUUGCUCUGUUGUUGUUGCUCUUGAAGGCCUCCAAGGUGGCGGUGGCGAGUGCAGAAUGUGCGAGUGUGGUGGUGGUGGGGGGGGAGAGUGCAGUAAAAGGCGUGUGUGUGUGUGUACGUGUGUGUGUGUACGUGUGUGUACGUGUACGUGUGUGUACGUGUGUGCACGUGUGUACGUGUGUGUGUGGACGUGUGUGUACGUGUGUGUGUGUGUGUGUGUGUGUGUGUG